GUGCAGCCCCACUGCCUACCUCUUGCUCCAUCCUGCCCUGACCGCCCCUGGAAGUGGCGCCUGUGAGGUGGUGGCACGCAGUUGGGUGCUGCAGACAGGAAGAGUCGCGACAGCCUUGCAUGUGGGGCCCUGCUCUUCCCCCGCUGCCGUGAGCAUGGCUGGGCUCCUGGGGCUCCCGCGGCUCCUGUUCCCGUUGCUUCUCACACUGCCCUGCAACCUGGCUACCCAAGAGGUGUUGCAGUGCCCCCACUACGUGACCGCUUUAGAGGGAGACUCUAUCAACAUCACCUGCUCCACUCAGGGGCCCCUGCUUGGCAUCUACCUGAAGCAAAGCUGGCCGAAGCACAGCAACGUGAUUUACUAUGAAGAUGGGAGGAAACCCACUGUGGACAAGCAGUUCAGGGACCGCAUCACCUUCUCGGGGCUGCAGCACAACCUGACCAUCAGCAUGCACCACCUGCAGCUGUCUGACACUGGUGAAUAUGCCUGCCAGGCCAUCAUGGAUAAUGAGGUCUGGGGCACCAAGACCUUUGUCAUGGUGAAAGAAAAACUGCCCCAAGCAGUGAAGACGUGCCAGGAGACUCAGCUGAUACACUUUGCCCUCCCCACGGCCCUGGCUGUGGCCUUCUUCAUUGCCGGGCUGGGGCUGGGAGCAGUGUGCGUGCUGAGAAGAACGCAGAUCCAGAAACUCUGCUGUGCGAGGGAUAAGAGGUCGGUGUGUGUGAUCUACGAGGAUAUGUCCCACAGCCGCUGUAACACCAUGUCCAUCCCCAACCACUACCAGUGAGCCCAGCCGGACCCCUGCAGGACCCCUGUGUGAACACACAGGCAGCUCCCCACAGCAGUCAGGCUCCCGCUGCCUCCUCCAGGAAGCCCUCCUUGCCUGCCUCCCACCCUUGAGGCUGCUCCUGGCAGCUUGGAGCCACUGGGAAGGACGUUUCUCUGUCCUGCUGCUGCCCUGACCCUUGCAUGGCAGAAGAGCCGCUCUGAAGGAUGGACUUGGGCCUGGGGCCACGGGCAGCAGGGGGGCUGGGGGCUGAGCGCUGAC